AUGGCGUCCGGCCCGUUCGAUCGCGAAAUCUUGACUUUCUUCCUUUUCCGCACCACCACCGUUCGACACCGUCUCCCCGUGGAAGAAAGACCGAAAUCGCCCAAGAUGGCUCCCGCUAACCUCCCCUCGAUCUUCAAUGCCACUUCCCAGGACAUUGAGAUGCUGCUUGCAGCUCAAGCCCACCUGGGAAGCAAGAACCUCCAGGUUCACAUGGAGCCCUACCUGUGGAAGACCCGUGCCGACGGUGUCAACGUGAUCAACGUUGGCAAGACCUGGGAGAAGAUUGUCCUCGCCGCCCGCAUCAUCGCCGCCGUCGACAACCCAGCUGACAUUUGCGUCAUCUCUGCCCGUCCCUACGGUCAGCGUGCCGUCCUCAAGUUCGCCGCCCACACCGGCGCCGUCGCCAUUGCCGGUCGCUUCACCCCCGGUUCCUUCACCAACUACAUCACCCGCUCUUUCAAGGAGCCCCGCCUCAUCAUCGUCACCGACCCCCGUACCGAUGCCCAGGCCAUCAAGGAGGCUUCCUACGUCAACAUCCCCGUCAUCGCCCUCUGCGACACCGACUCCCCCACCGAGUACGUCGACGUUGCCAUCCCCACCAACAACAAGGGUCGUCACUCCAUCGGUCUCGUCUGGUGGAUGCUCGCCCGUGAGGUCCUCCGCCUCCGCGGCACCAUCUACAACCGCGAGACCCCCUGGGACACCAUGGUCGAUCUGUACUUCUACCGCGACCCCGAGGCUGAGGCCGAGGAGAAGGUCGAGGAGGAGAAGCUCCCCGGCGUUGAGGAGGAGGGCGUUGCCGCCAUUGAGUCCGGCUUCCCCGCCACCGGCGACUGGGACGCCCAGGCUCCCGGCUUCACCGGUGCUCAGGCUGGUGCCAACUGGGACGGUGCUGGUGAUGAGUGGGCUGCCGCUGGCGCCGCUCCCACCGGUGACUGGGCCGCUGCCGGCGACGCUGCCGCUGCUGCCCCCAAGGAGUCUUCCUGGUAA